AUGCAGAAUCUGUGCGAGGAACUGGAAUACAGCUACCUACUGGACGCAGUGGUGGACAUGAAAGAUCGCAUUCAGAGGAUGGUGAGCAACUCUCCGCCAGUUGCGGUGGCCCACUGCGAAUCCAAAUUGUGGACAUACGAUCAGGAAUUUGGCAUAAAGUACAAAUUUUGGGGCAAAACUCUGGAGAUCAAUGCUACAGGCGGGUGUCAACUCCACUUGCCUCGGUGGCGAGAGACGUACACAUGGAACAAAGUCACCACCUCAGUCACCAAUUUGGUGUCGCCCACAGGUCGCACGUUGGAUCACACCGGUGACAUGAUCGUGGAGUGCUCCAAUGGAGUCACCAGUAGCAUCCACUUUCGCAAGUCCGACAAUCGUCGUCAGGAGGUGUAUCGAAGUGUCUACGGCACCAUUAAACCACCACUUGGAUCGCCUGAGUCGCAGCGCCUUCUCUACGGACGAUGGGAUCAAAUACUUGUUUCCCCCGACGAGAACAACGAGGAUCGUUGCAUUUGGAGGGCCAAUCUACUGCCGUCGAAUGCGCAUUGCUACUACGGGUUCACACGAUUUGCAAUCGAGCUUAACGAGCCUCCACCACCUGAUGCAGUUUCCUCUGGUCAUCUGCCAAUCACGGACACACGUCUACGCUCGGACAUCCGCUUGUUGGAGUUGGGCCGAGUUGAGGACGCUGAGGCGGAUAAUAAGCGACUAGAAGACGAGCAACGGCGUCGAUUGAAGCUCUACACCUCACGAGAUGGUGAUGCAAGUAACGCGUGGAAGCCAUUUUGGUUCAACCAAAAGCCGAAGUUGGCAAACGUAGAGAAGCGCGGUUCCUCGUUCGAGUUCAACUCCGCCUACUGGCGUUAUCGAGAAACGGGUGGCUUCAAGGAUCUGAAACUGCCUAUACUGUGGUAG